UCCAAAAAUCUAUGAAAUGUGUUUGCAUGUUCCUCUCCGCAAGCGGGGAUGUAGAGGUGGGAUUGCAAGGACCGAGAAAGCUCUGGGAACCCACGCGUUCAGCCUCUGAGAAAGUACGCUUUUCCGAAAUAACUGACGGUGAAUAUUUUUUUUUCUUUUCACAUUUACCAUUAACAGAGAGGCACUCUGUAGGAUUGUGUUCUCGGAGAAGAAGCUUUUUUUCCUCCCCCUGCCCUCUUCUUUUUUUUUGUCACCAUUCUGCACGGCAGGCUGAGAGACGGACCGCUCGGACUGUGGGAGCCCUCCCCUCUGCUCGGAUCUGCUUUGGUAGUUUCCAGAUGGCUCAUGGAAGAGCGUGGAUGAGGGCUGAGCUGUAGUGGGGACAGAGGGCUUCGAGGCCUGCCUGUCGUCGCCUGGCUGACUGCUCCAUUGAGGUGAGGUACCGCUCUCACUGGGGCACAGAACGGACCGAGGAAAGGUCCCUCCUUACUCACCCCUGCCCCCUUUCCACCCUCACCCCCAACCCAGGCACAUACGUUCUGGACCAUGUCUAGCGGGCUGUCGGAGGGUGGCCAGACAGAGGACCUGGAGCGGAGUAGCUGCAAACAGGACUCUCCUGUUAUAGAGCGUCGAAACCGCAGUGGCAUCAUCAGUGAGCCCCUCAGUAAGAGCCUUAAGAACUCCCGCACCCUCUCCCAGUAUACAGCGGUCUCCUCUGCCACCACCAAUGGACACACAGACAAUAGUGAGACUAAGAGCCACCCGGCCAAACCUCAGCCCACCCCGCAGCCCCAACCCACUGUCUCUGCACUGACAGCAGCCAAGUUGGACCGAACCCUAGAACAGGUUCUGGAAGGACAGAAUGGCCUGCUGCACUUUGCCCAGGCAGCAGCACUGUUAAAGCGAGCCGGUAUGGAGCACAUGCUCCUGCCUGGGGGAAUGGGAGUGGGAGUUGGCAGUGGAGACGCAGGCUCGGGGGCUAGCGAUUUGGAGGGUACGUCUGUCACGGACGCCGUAGGUGGUCCUGUUGACUUCCCAUAUGGAGUAGGGGGUGGCUUCCCCUUCAACCCGGGGCUUUUCAUCAUGACGCCGGCUGGAGUGUUUCUGGCGGACAGCGCGCUGCACAUGGCCGGCCUGGCCGAGUACCCAGUGCAGAGCGAGCUGGCCUCUGCUAUCAACUCCGGUAAAAAGAAGCGAAAACGUUGUGGGAUGUGCCCACCUUGCCGACGGCGGAUUAAUUGUGAGCAGUGCAGCAGCUGCCGGAAUCGAAAAACGGGCCACCAGAUCUGCAAGUUUCGCAAAUGUGAGGAACUGAAGAAGAAGCCCUCUGCUGCUCUGGAGAAGGUGAUGCUUCCUACAGGAGCGGCGUUCCGGUGGUUCCAGUAGGACUCCUCCUCCUCCUCCGCUCCCUACCCAAAGCUCUGCCAUGAAGUGCAAUGCCAACUCCUGGAUUGUCUCCGGAACAGACACUGGCUAAUAAACAAGCUAGCAACAAAUAAAAUUAUAGAAAAAAACCCAACAAAAAACAAAAAAACUAAACUAAUAAAAGCAGAAAAAAAGAGGAAAAAAAUCAGCCGGAUAAUGGAUGCACCUACUUAUUCCUUGAACCAAAAAUGAAAACGUAAAGAAAAGCAUCUAUGGCAACUUUCAUUCCCUUUUCUAUGUUUCCAUUUUGGUACCUUUUGUCCUUAUCCCAGCAGGUUUUUUCUGUCGCUUAAACAUGGAACUGCUCAUUGCCAGAAACAGAAAUGACAGACUGAGUGUGGACAAUCAACUAAUUUCUGUGUUUGGUGUUAAUGUUGUUCAUGUGUGGAAAGAUAAAGUACUUGUGUAGAGAAUGUAAAUUUACAGCUAUAUUUUAAAAACUAGUGGCUAAUGGUAAACAUUAUUGUAAUUCUUCACCAUUAUGUUACUCAAAGCCCUCGUCUUCUUUAUGAUUUCAUUUUACUUUCCAGAAAGAUUUAAGUGGUUGUCCUUUGACAGUCAAGAAAAUGUUUCAAAUUGUGGUGCUGUCCAUUUUGGAUUGUAAUGAAACUUUAAAAAAAAAGAAAAAAAAGUCAUGUUAAUGGGCAGAUCACCUGAGAUUCUUCGCUGGCUUGAAGAUGUUGUUCACCAGAGCCGUCACUACUGUAAUCUCCUCAAUCAGCCCUCCUCUGCAUUUCCAAACUGUUCCUUUAGUGAAACUGGCAGCCUUGUUACUGUGGCCCUACUGAGCAUGUGCCAAUACUGCUCAGGGCAAAAGCACUAAGAGACAGCACUUGCUCUGAGUCUACCCUACUGAAAGCACUGGGACAAGCAUUUUUUUAAAUUUAUUUGUUUAUUUGUCAUAUUUUUAUGAUUUAGUUAUGUUGCUGGGUAGCUACAGCUUUUAAAAAUAACCAAUCUUUGUAUUUGUUUAGAAAAUUGGACUGGUUUUGUGAAUAAAAAGGAAUGCAUGUAUUCGUGUCAAAAUUUACAAAUCUGAUGUUUGUCUACUUGUCUAUUUGCAUGUUUUUUUAACAGCUGAUUUUAAAAAAAUGGUUGGACUGACAAAAUAAAUAUUAAGCAUACAUUUUCCACAAAUUAGAAGGAAAAAAAGUUUCCUUUUCUUUUACAAUUGGACGCAGCAGCAUAAUUUUGACUCAAACACAGCUCAUUAAAGUAAAUCAGGUGGUGGUAUGAAUCGCUAAGAUGUUCUUGGGUUGACUGAGAUCUCUUUUUUACUGCCUAUGUAAUACACUAUAUGGACAAAAGUACUGGGAAAUCUACACAUGAAUCCUACAGGAGCAGCUAGGCUGUGAAGGCGCAUGCCAUGAAGCUCCCGGCACAGUGUUUGUGCUGAUGUUAAACCCAGAAGAGCUUUGGAGCUCUGAAGUUAUUGAACCAGCAGAUCAUUGGUGACUUUUACCCACUUUACUUCUUACACUUUAUACUUUUUAUAUCAAUAUUUUUGCCCAUAUAGUGUAUCUCCCUACAGUGGAACAAUGGACCCUUGCUAUGCUAAAAUGUAACCAAAAUGAUUUAAAUGAUGUUUGAAUAAGAUCUUUUUGUUUGCAGUUUUUCUUCAAAUUGCAUGAAACCUCUUGAAGCUCCACGUAAAUGUUAUUUUUUCUUUAAUUCUACGAGGAUUUUUCUUUCUCAACAAGAUCUUUGUGACAUUUGCCCAACGUCUUGACAUUUAUAGUCAGAAAACACAAGCAGAAGUUUUGAAAAUUGUUGAUAUUUGUGGAUGGAUGAUUGCAAGCUCUGUGUCCAGAGCUAUUUAG